AUGGACAGCGGAGCGUCGCGCCACAUGACGGGGUCAUUGGCUCUGUUAUAUGAUGUCAAGGCAAUUAAUGGAAGCUACGUGGGGUUUGCUGGAAACCAAGGUGGCAGGAUUGUUGGUCAGGGAAAGCUUACAAACGGCAUCAUAUCUUUUGACAAAGCGUCAGCAAAUGUUUUAUUUGAUCCUGUUCACAAUAGCUGCAUUGAUUUAGAUGUUGAAAAGAAUCCUUUACUGUCAGAAUUCAGCAGCAUAUUAGAUUUUAUGAACCGAAUUCCAGUAAAGAAGGUGAUGACGGACCAAAGACCAAUUUACAGAUCACAUAUUAGCCGUUUCUGGGAGAAUGAUACGUAUGACGAGGCUAGCAAAGUGAUAUCUUCAGUGGUGGAAGUGAAUGGAAAGCAGGAAACUAUUUUGGUGACAGAAGCUUUAGUCCGUGAGGUGAUGAACUUUCCUGACGAAGCCAAUUAUCCUACGAGGUUUCCUGAACGUAUGGUGAAGGGUUUAUGCUUAGAAUGGGUUACAGAGGUGCUUUGA